AUUUGACAAGAAUUAUUUGUGUAGAUAUAAGGAUUAAGGUUGAUAACAAUCAAUUUUAGCGUUCCUCAUAAUUAUUUAUUUUCGAUUAAACGACGUAUCUGUUGGUCUAGUUUUCUUUAGAAGGUUGGUGGAUCUGGAGCGCUAGGUGUCUGCUGGUGUUCGAUAUGCGACGCUACGUCAAAAUCAAAAGCAUCAUCAAAAACGGUGUUAAAUUAUUAAUUCGCUUUAAGAAAAUUCCUGUAAAAAUAUAGAAAAACGAAUGAAGAUGUUGGAGGAUCAUGUGCUGUUCAAUCAACUUUGUGAAAAGCGUGGUAUUACCCCGCCGGCCGAAGUUUUGGAGUCUGUUAAAGUUGGCAGUUCAACAGGUGAACUUCAAUUAUCUGGCUUAUCAAUAAUGAUACCAGUUUGCGAAAUAAUAAGUAAAAUGCUCGCAUCCAGUUCCACGAUAAAAUCAAUCGAUCUAAGCGAUUGUAUGCUCUUAUCAAAAGGCCUCACGAGUAUUCUAAAUGCAUUGUGCGAGGGUUCCAGCGUGAUUUCACUAAAUUUAAAGGGAAACAACAUAUAUGGUUCAGUGGUAGCACAACUGGGCGAAGUCUUUAUCCACAACAAUACUUUGAAAAAGUUAAACAUCGAAUGGAACAGUCUAGGAUCAGAUGUAGAUUCCUUCAAAAAAUUUUGCGAGGGUCUCAGCAAAAAUCACAACAUCGAGGAAUUGGAUUUACGUUACAAUCAAAUAUCGCCACAUUGUGCAGACGCUUUAUCAAAGUCUUUAAAGUACAACAAAUCCCUUAAAUAUCUGGAUCUGGCAUGGAACACACUGGGUCUACAGGGUGGUGAAUUAAUUCAAAAUUCACUUCGCGAAAAUAAAACUCUCCUUAAGCUUAACCUACGCGGCAACUGUAUACCAGAUGAAAUAAUGCAUUCGAUCGAAGAUCGUGUCUACGAAAAUCGCUGUAGACGAGCAAUGUCCGACAGUCACGUAUCAAAAAGCGUCGAGAUAGCCAAAAGUCUCGUUUUCAAAGAAAACAUAAAGCCUGUAUCGUUGAGCGAUAGCGACAGCGCUGUCCAAACAAAAUUGAAGUACCUGAGAAGAAAGAAAUGUCGAAGAAAACGAAGGAAGGACGAAAAAUGUAAAACUUCUGAAGCGAAAUCAAGCCCAACUGAAAAUUCGUCAAACGUAGAAACCAAAUCUGACGAUUCCUUGUUAACGCUCAAAUUAGCUGUUUCAAAUGUGACAGAGUCAAAUAUCACAGGACCUAUGGAGACGCUGAUGAAUGAUCAGAAUUUAAAGAUGGCCGAGGUCAACGACAAGAUCAGGGAGUUGAAUCAAAUGCUGCAGGAUCGUACAACGGCUAUAAAUUUGUUGACAAAUGAAAUAGCAAUAAAAGCAGCGGAAGUGGACGCCGCACGAUCUCAGGCCAAUCAAUUGGAGACAGAGGUUAGUCAAUUAAAAGAGGAACGUGAUAAAUACACCGCAGAGAAGGCGAAAGAGAUACUCGAGCUGAAAAGGGCGCAUAUGGAGUCUGAAGAAAAAUGGCAGGUGUCUUACAAGAACAUGGAAGAGUCUUACGAUAAAACUUUACAGAGUAAAAAGGAAAGUGAUAUGAAAGCUCGACGCUAUGAGCGUGAAAUUCAUAAAAGCACCUUGGAGAUAGCCUCUCUGAAGGAAAAGCUCGUGUCUACAACUCAAGCUUACGAAGACUUAAUAUCAAGAGGUAAAACGGAAAUGCAUCGACUCCGACGUGAAUUGAAGGAACGUGAGGGUCGGCACAAAAUCGAGAUAAAUAUUUUGAAGAACAGUUUAAAAGAGACAACUCGAGCUUUGGAGGAAUGUCAAGCGCAGCUGCAGAAGACUCGCAGUGAGCUUCGCGAAACUAUUGAGAAUCAGUCACAGCUGAAAGCUCGAUUGAUCGAGAUGGAGCACGUGAACGUAAGGUGUAGCAGAUCAGAAGAGUCCUUGCAGAAGGUGAAGGAAGAAAAAGCUGCGCUGGAUGAAAAGCUUCAAGACUCUCAAAGGAUCGUUCAGACGUUACAGCGUCAAGUGGCGUCACUUCAGAGUGAACUGAUUGAACCUCAGCGUCGUUACAGUUUAUUGAAAGACGAGCUGGAACAGGAGAAACAGAAAAGCGGAAGUUUGAAACAGGAACUCGCCGAGGAACGGUUCAGGUUGAAGGAGCAGUCUGUACAAUUGCAAAAAAUGACUUUGCAAAUUACAGCACUGAAUACGCAGAUCAACGAGAUACAGACCAGUCAUGCUGAGGCUCUGCGAGAACGUGACAAAGAACGAAAACAGCUCAAGGAAAUGAUUCUUCAUAAGGAACGUGAUUUAAGCGAUUUAAAGGCCGAGGAAGUACAAAGAGCUGGACAACUUUAUGCGGCGUUCAGUAAAUAUUUGGGAUCGAUCGGACCCAAUCCACUUUUAUGACAGAUCAAUCAAAGCAGAUACUUAGCUGAACCGCUCAAUCAGACUGCUUUCACUUUGUAUAUAACUUUUAUACAUUUGUACUUCUAUUUAUUGUUAGACGUCAUUUAUCCUCCACUGGAACUCUGUACGCAUCCAUACAUAGAAGACUGACCUGUAACCAUGGAACAAAACAUAGUGUGAUAAUUUUGCAAGAAGAAUUUUUUCCAAGAAGGAACUUUGCUUUCUUUUUUUAGCUUAUCGAUAUCCAUGAGAAUUUAUUAUAGGAACAUAUAUAUCAAGAAUCUAGGUUAAUAAUAUCGUGUGUACGUUAUCGAUUGGAUUUCAACAAUAUCGUUCACUUCCACGUAUUCAACAUGUCACGUCAAGCCAUAUUGUAUAUCCGUAGACAAUUUGCUAUUCGCCAUUGAACAUUUUUUAUUCCCACAUACGACUGGCACUUCCAUUGAAUUCGUGCGACCUCGAGCGACAUUUGAUUUUAUUAUGAGUGAACGUUUACGUAAUCGUUAGCAGAGCCAGGGAUGAAUUUAUUUUUAAAAAGUUCACGGUUUCAUCCUUCAAGGCGUAAGAACGAUUUUUGAAUUUGAUCACGCGCGUUAUUAGCUCCGCCAGUAAAUAGAAUUAGAAAGAGCAUAGAGAACGUAUGUGAGUAUGUAAAUAAAUAAUACUUGGCAUUCUUACAAAUGGCUUUGAAAUGUCACUGAAUGCUUUUGCUAUUACGGAAUUCUUGUUAAUGAUAAAAAAUGAUAAUUUUAUUCAUGUAAUACAAAGCAGAUAUGGCGCCAGUACAACAAACUACACAUACCUUGAGUAUAGUGAAUCUUGACUUAGAUCAAAUUAAUAAAUGACUUAAAAUCACACGAAUCGUAAUUCUUUUCUACGUGCAAAGUGAAAUACGUACAUCAUUCUGGCGCGUCGCUCAAAUUUUAUCCAAACAAAAUUUAAGAGGCCAAAACUUUGACGCUUCGUGCAAAUAAAAUUUAUACAUCAGA